UGUAAAUUUUUCUUUGUUUUGUUUAAAGAAUCUGCCUUUGUUUCUUAUGAAGCUUUCAAAGUUCAACCUAACAAAUUCAACAAAAGUUCUCAAAGAAAGAGUUGUGUAAGAAAUAUUUCAUCUCAGAGGCAUAUAUACCAGUGCCAUCACUGUUUAAAAAGCUUUUAUCGAAAAGAUCAUCUUGUACAGCAUUUACCUGUUCAUACUGGAGAAAAACCUUUCAAGUGUAAAUUUUGCUCAAAAUCAUUUGGACGAAAUGCAUCCUUAAAAUAUCACAUCCUUAGUCUCCAUCAAGGUUUUGGGUUUAAGCAAAUUGAUGAAUUGUCAAGUUUUCAUGAGUCUACCGUUAUUUUGACUUUUACUCCAGAUGAGACAGUCUCUUUCAAGCGGCAUGCUUGUGUUUAUUGUGGCAGAAAGUUCCGAAUGAAGAGUCACCUUACUGAUCAUAUUAGAACCCAUACAGGAGAAAAACCUUUUGUGUGUCAGCAUUUAUUACUAUUUCUAAAGUUCUUUUAUGUGUUUCAUAUAGAUUCCAGUUAUUUUAGGCUAGUGACAAUUGAUGAGACUGCUUUUCGAAAGAUUCGGCAACCUAAACUCCAUCCUUGUGAUUAUUGUGGUAAAGUAUUUAAACACAAGCAGCAUUUAAAGGAUCACAUUCGAAUACACACUGGCGAAAAACCAUUUCAAUGUAAAAAAUGUUUUCGCUCUUUCAGACAAACUCAACAUUUGAAACAACAUACUAUUACAUGUCAGUAUAAAUACAUUGCAGUUCAAAAUUUCUGAGGCACUUUAUGGAAGAAACUGAAAACAUGUUUUCUUAGAGUUUAAUUGCUAUUAAUAUUAUCUCAAAAUUGUGUAAAUUAAUACGAGGGUUGCUAUUUAUAUUUCUGGCCUUGGCAACAGUAACUGUAGCUAGGCGACUGCAGACGAUUUUAAUCGA